GCUGUUGCGGGAUUACUCUGGCCAGUUCACCUGCCCGUGUUUUCUCAGAUAACGUCCCCGAAUGUUUCCUGAUAACGGCUCCACAUAUAGGGACAGAUAGAAAACUGACUAAUACACACACACCGACAUUUUAAAAUUGCCUGAUAUCAUUUCCUUGUGUUGUUCCUACAUUACAAUCAGAUUCCAUUCGUUUGUGGAUAUAUAAGAUGAAUACAUCUCUCUAAAGAUUAUGCUAUGAGAUACUGGUGGUAAAGAGGAGAAUAACGAUGAGGACGACGGCAGUAGUAUUACUGUGUACCCUUGUGGUAGGGUUGGACAGUCAAAAUAUAGGAGAGUGUCCUCUUGGAUGGUUUUUCCACGGCCAAAGUUGUUAUGAAUUUAUCAAAGAUCCACUAGCGCUGUACGAAGAGGCCGAUAAGAUAUGCAAGGGGAAAGGUGCUGCCCUCGUCAGUGUUAACUCGUACGAUGAGCAUAUCUUCAUCAUACAACAACUGAAGGCGAUCGAUAUAGCAAAACGCUACACCUGGUGGACAAGUGGGUCUGAGAUAGACGACCGUGUUAAAUGGGAAGGCGAUGGUCAGUUUGCUGACCCUAAUAUCGAGUACUGGUUGAACCCAGCAGAGACAGACAACCCAUCCAUCCAUGUGGUCUACAAAUACUCAUAUCUACAAGCUGGUUACGGGUGGCAGAAACAGGCACGUAAUGUCAAAUCAAGCUACAUUUGUGAAAUACCAAGGGCGGAGGUUCACAGACUUGUACAAGACGAGCGAGACUUCACUUUUGGAACAAAUAUCGUGGACCCAAAUAAGGUCCAGACAGGUCCAUCGUUUAUCAUCCAGCCCACUGAUGUUGUGAUUACGGAAAGGACAACGACAGCAUCACUUGAGUGCGUUGCCAGGGGUAACCCUCAGCCAGAUUAUCGGUGGUAUAAGGGCAGUAACCAAACGGACGAGGUAGUGGCUACCAAGACAAUUACGGUUACCAAUGGAAAGCUUACGUUUGACAACGUAUCAGAGACAACUACAGCAGGAGCCUAUCAAUGCGUAGCGUCCAACAAGUUUGGCUCCUCCCUCAGCGAUAUUGUGUACGUAACAUACGGAUAUCUUCGAGAGUAUUCAAACGUUCCACCAGGAGCAGUGAAUGCUUCCCAAUAUCAAGGAACCUACAUCAACUGUAACCCGCCUUCUCACAAGCCAGGUGCCACGUUUCAGUGGAUGAGAGAUGGCAAGAAAGGAUUGGAAUUUCUAAUGCCUCAGCUCAACAAUUACUACUUCGUAUCGCAAGGCGGAAAUCUCUAUUUCUCGGAAGUGCAGGCCGUGGACACGGGCUAUUAUUACUGUUCGGUCACGCUGUCUGCUGGACAAACAGGCACGUUGACCACAGACCAGCCGACCAGUUCUCUCAGUCUUGGAAUCAAACUCAGCGUAGGCAGUCAGUCUGCGGCAGAAUAUCCACCAGAAAUACACGACGGGUUUCCCAUAGUCUACCCUACCAAUCCUGUGAGAGGCAUGACAAUAUACAUCGAGUGUUUAGCAUAUGGAAGGUUGCCACUCUACUAUUCAUGGACCCGUAAAAACAAACCCAUGCCGUCACGUGCCCGGGCAACGGACCUUAACCGGGUACUGGUUAUUGAAAAUGUCCAGUUGGAGGAUGAAGGAACGUACGAGUGUCUUGUGAAAUCCUCUAGAGCGACCUCUUCUGUAAAGGAGUACACUCUUUCAAUCGGAGCAAAGCCUUACUAUGUGUCCCCGUUGAAGAAUAUCCACGCUGAUAUCAACAGUGAACUGACCUGGCGAUGCGAGGCGGUCGCUAUACCACGUGCUACAUUCACGUGGUACAAAAAUACAAAACCUCUCCUCCCAGUCCCAGGCCAGAUAGACAUCACUUCAAACGUUUUGAAAAUCACCAGUCUAGAUCCUGCACGUGAUAGUGGCAUGUAUCAAUGCUCAGCAGAAAACUCUCACGGGAUAACGCUGAGUGGAGCACAGCUUCGUGUUUUGUCCGUGAAACCAUCGUUCUUUAGAAACCCGUUACCGAUGACAAUGUAUGGUGCAAUGAAUGGCAACAUCACUAUUCCGUGUCGACCAGAAGCAGCCCCAACACCAGAGAUAUCAUGGCUCAGAGAUGGAGUUCCAAUAGGAGCACGAACUGGACUUCACGUGAUGUACAAUGGCGACCUUCGAAUGACGCGCAUGCAGCUGUCAGAUGAGGGACUGUAUACGUGUGAGGCUACCAAUGUUAAUGGCAAGGCCCAGAGUCACUGCAAACUAACUGUCAUAAACCAGAUGUCGUUUAUCCAGACUCCGGUGACGACGGACGUCGACUAUAACAACACAGCUUUUCUACAGUGUGAGGUAUCCUAUGAUACCAGAUAUGACCUCAUCUACCGCUGGACCCACAAUGGCCGCGUUAUCAACAUCACGCAAAAUGCGCAUUAUCGAAUAGGCGAGCGGAUAAAUAUACGUGGACUGUACAUAAUGUACGCCGAUUUCCACCACACUGGCUACUACGAGUGUCAGGCACUGACAACGAGGUCUAUGAUCAAAAGUGGAGCGACAUUAACCGUCAAAGGACCCCCUGGGGAACCUGCUGGAAUCUAUGCAGAUCUAUAUAGUAGAACACCUCAUUCGCUCCGUCUGAAAUGGACCCCACCUCCAGACCACGGCAGCCCUAUCCUCUAUUACAUCAUUGAGUCAAAGACACAAUACAACCCCGAAUGGAAGGUGCAGGUAGCAAAUAUUUCAGAGCAGGACGCCCUGUUAUCCGAUCCCGGCAGUGGUAUGGAUAAGAGAACGUUCAUGGUUACGGGCCUGAAACCUUUCAAUGACUACUUUUUCCGGGUCAGAGCCAAAAACAGCUACCCAACCCUGGGUCCAAUUAGUAUUCCGUCAGAUUCGUACCAUCUUGAUGGCGCGGCACCAGUUGUUGCCCCUAGGAAAGUGACAGGAGGUGGCGGCACUGUCGGCGUUCUAACCAUCACGUGGUCGCCGCUUCCUUUGGAGGACAGAGGCGGUAAUUCAAUCGGCUAUAUUAUCUACUGGAGACUUCAAGGCGACACGACCGCAUACAAACAGGUUAUGAAGACGGGAGAUGUCAGUCAACACGUGGAAGAUGUCGGCCUAAAUAACUAUUACCUCCAGUACGAAGUCAUCAUCGGUGCAUUCAACGAGUUCGGAUAUGGACCAAACAGCACGAUAGCCAUUGUCUACUCCGCGGAAGGAAUGCCCACGUUUGUGCCGAAGAAUAUCAGAGGAGACGGGGUCAACUCUACGUCAAUAUAUCUUACCUGGGACCCAGUACCAAAUACUCGUCAAGCUAUGAAAGGUGUUAUUCAGGGUUUUGAGCUGAAUGUCGAAGACUUUAAUGACCCAAACCGAAAGUCUGGUACAACAUACCUGUAUGGGGUUCACACGACUGGUACAAUCAUAGGUGUGGAGCCAAACUCGGACUAUUGGGUGACAGUACAGGUUUUCAACACUGCAGGAGAAAGCAACCCUAGCGAGAGAUAUCGAAUCAGUACCUAUCUCAACGCACCCUUCCUGUAUCCGGAGUAUGUGACGAUUUCAUCCCAUGGUUCCGAGAGUGUGGCAGUCAAAUGGCGUGGUAUCAGUACUGGGCUCCUGGAGGAGUCCAUCAAAGGCUAUAAGCUCGAGUACUGGCCGAGGGGAGAGAACUUCCGAGCAGCAAAAACCGUAAUUACAAACAAGGUAACGAAUGCGGUUAUCUAUGGGAUCCAAAAGGAUGUUAUAUACAGCCUAAGAGUACUCGGCUACAGUAACGGCGGGGACGGCAAGAAAAGUCCAACACAGUAUUUCACUCUCGGUGGACAUGUUCCAGUGGAUCCGACAAUAUCAUUCAUGAUCCAAGUGGGCGGCGGCACCCAGAUAACACAGUCUCUGGUCAUCGUUCUCAUCAUCUCAACGUUGGCAACUUAUAUACCUAUCCUAUAGAAUUCAGGGUUAGACAUUGUAUCAGAAAUCCAGUGAGUGAGACUUAGAAAUGGUUGUGUGUGGAUUUAUCAAAACUUAUAAAAUAUGUAACCGCACUUAACGUAUAAGUGAGUUAUAUGAAAGAGUAUAAACAUGUUUUAUCGAGAAUAGUAUACGCAAGCCUUAUGAAAGAGUAGGGAAAAGGCUUUCGGCACACUACGACAAAGUAUAAGCAGUACUGGGGUAAGAAAGCUAUGUGAAAGUCUAUAACAGUGAACUCGUUAAAAGAUUAUAACAAGAAUCAGUUCAGGUUAUAAGUGAGUUCUGUGAAAGGUCAAUGCAUUUUUCACGGUAAAGAAGAACUGUAAGCUCUGAAAUAGAUCGUUUACUUGAAAUCUAAAAUUGAAGUGAUGAGAAAACCGAUAGAGUUAUAUUUCCAUGUUAAUCUAUACUUGUACAGUAUUACAUAUUGCAUAAAUAAAUCAUCGUAUACAUGUUUAAAUCCGUUGACGUAUGGACUUUACCCUUUAUAUAUAUAAAUAUAUAUACACUGAUCAAUGAUAUAUUUGUACAGAUACCUAUUUGAAAGUCAUGAAUAGUAUGAGUGCUAAACAGUACCAAACACAUUAUCAUAUGUUUGUGAGUGAGAGAGUAAGUGAAUAUUUAUUCCAUCAUGUUAUUCCUGUAUCCAUGCAUUCUUACCUUCCAAACGGAACAUGACAAAAACUGUUGUUUUUUCACUGUAGACAUUGUGAACAUGUCAAUCGAUUACUGUACUGUUAUGUUUAAAGCGAUACCAUUCAUGUACAGGAAUACUUCAUUUUGUAGCAAUUCAUAUCCGAUUCAUUGCACUGAUUGUGGAGGUAAAUCUUUAAAUUUUUGUCACAAACACACUUUUUACGAUGAAAUCUGCAUUUUCAUCUCUGUAAAAGUCAGCUGUUUGACUCUAAUUUCAUAUGUUUUGUAUUGCAGUAUAGCAUCUACUACCAUGAAUGAACUAAUCUUAGUGUAAUCAUACUGUUAACGUACCUAUCUAGGCGCACUUUGAUUUUAAUGCAUUAUCGAAUUUUAACAGAUUAACGCAUUAUCGAAUUUUAACCGAUUAAUGCAUUAUCGAAUUUUAACAGAUUAACACAUAAAAAAAUUGGCGUAUCUGCAAAAUAUACAAACCAAAACAAUAAACAGGAAUUUAAAUUUGCGCAAUCAUCAUUCUGCGAAACACAUGGUAUUAUAGCGCGAAAAACGCUGAAAUAAGACUACCACUAAAAGGUGUUUGUUUGCAGUAUUUUGGUUAUCAUAAAAACAAAAUCGUGAGUAAUAUAUGUCUUUCUAGAGUUAAUGCUGUACAUUAAUAGCCCGCCAGAGACAAUGAUACUACUAGAUAUGAAUACCGCUAAAAUAAAAGCGUUCCACUAAAAUUAUUGUGUUUACAGCAUACAGAUACGUUAAUAUGACAAAUUAAUAACUCCAAUGAAAUAGAUGUGUGAAUGGAUAUUUUUUGAGAUACAUAUCAUAAUUUUAUGAUCAAUUAUGUUUAUUUUUUUUAAUUUUCAUAUUAUACUAUAGUGCUUGUUAUGGACAAUCAAAUUGAUUCCUCUCUGAAAUAAGUGCGCGUGAGUUUGUUUUCGUUUACAUAUAAUUCUUUUUUUAUUCUUUUUAUAUAUUAACGGUUAGUGCUUGUUAUUAUAAAUCAAUAUCAUAAUCAUUUUUUCUGUUAAUCUCGUUUUAUAUAUGUAGUCAUUGAAAUACGUGUGCUACAAUGUUAGAUAAACUUCAUUAUGUUUCAUUAUAAUACUUCCCAUACAUUUUAAUAAAUAUUCUUUUGGUA